GGCGGAAUGUGAGUGCGGGUACAUGCUCAGACAAACCAGCACGUUCUUCACUCACAAGAUGCACACUGAUUUCUCUAAAAUCCCGGAUACUACGGACGUCAACACCGCACUAUCAGACUGGGAGGUCCAGGACUGGGCGUUCAACACGAGCUCGAGUGCUGGAGUGAUGGCCAGGAAGAAUGACGCGGAGAACGUGUGGAUUAAGGACGGGAGGCUACACCUACGACAGAAAGGGCACAAGGAUGGUGAUGACGGGCCCAUUAGCGUUGCGGAGGUAGACAGCAAACGGACGGACUUCCAGCAUGGGAGUUUCAGGGCGAAGUUCAAGGUCACUGUGGAUAAGAAGGCGGUUGGGGGAGCUGUUGCUGGGUUCUUUUUCUACUAUGACGAUGAGGAUGAGUCAGAUAUAGAGAUCCUAACCAGAGACGGCGACAAAACCAUCCGCUACACUCAACACCCUGCGUACGAUAGUGCCACCGACACCACCAUCCCGGACGCAACCUUCCAAAUCCAGCUCAAGAAGUCAUGGUCAAAAAUGCAAGAACACCGCUUUGACUGGACACCAUCAAAAACAACCUUCUUCCAGGAUAACUCCGCAAUCAAGGAAAUGACCAAGAACGUUCCCAAACAUGAAGGCAAAAUCAUGAUCAACCUCUGGGCCAACAACGGCACUUGGAGCGGCCUCCCAUCAACCAAAGACGUAAAAAUGGAAAUGGAGUACAUAAUGAUGUACUUCAACACCAGCGCAUCCCAAUCCGGCAACGACAAGGACUUCAAUUCAGCUUGUGAAGCGGCCGGUGGGCCAGAGAACGAGACCGUCUGCUGGAUCAACGACAAAUCCGGCGUCUACAGCGAAGACUCAAAAGUCACGCUUUCUGCUUCUCCUGCUGCCUCCAUCUCGCAGAACCUGGUCCUCGUUGUGGGGGUGGGCCUGGCGGCGUUGUUGCUAGUUUGGACAUAAUAUGCCUCUUUUUCAGACUCCCUCCCCUUUUUUUUUUUACCCCAUUUUUGCUUUAGAUGGCCCUGAUUUACGAGGAGGGAAAAAAGAGGGAACGCGGGGAGGGUUUUUGUUUUUCCCCUUUAUUUCAAUUUUAUUUCAAUUCUAUGUAUUUUAAUUUGACAGCGCUAUUACGAGAUACUUGAGGAAAUAUGUUUUCGCUCACUGCUCUGCAUAAUUUAGCCCAACCCUAAUGUACACUAGGGCGAAAUCGUCGAUACACAGAGA